AAAAACGGUCAACAAUGGGGAUUUUGGGAUGCUUUCCCCCCAUUUGGCAUUUUCUGGAAAAUCAUGGGACUGAGACACUUGGGGGAAGGAGCAGCUGCUGCUCCCCAAAACCCCCCUUGUCCCCUUGGAUCCAGGCAGUUCAAGAAGCCUCGAGUUGCCAGGGAGUUGCUGGAUUAUCCUGCUGCAGGUCCCUCUGGCUUAGAAUUAACGAGAUUGUUUGGAUUCGGGGAUUAAUUAGAUUAAUUAAUGCGGCCUUUCUCCCCCAGGCUGGCGGCAAGGCGGGCAAGGACAGCGGCAAGGCCAAGGCCAAGGCCGUGUCACGCUCCCAGAGAGCAGGCCUGCAGUUCCCUGUCGGCCGCAUCCACAGGCACCUGAAGACUCGGACCACCAGCCACGGGCGCGUGGGGGCCACGGCGGCCGUGUACAGCGCGGCCAUCCUGGAGUACCUGACCGCCGAGGUGCUGGAGCUGGCCGGAAACGCUUCCAAGGACCUCAAGGUGAAGCGGAUCACGCCCCGGCACCUGCAGCUGGCGAUCCGUGGUGACGAGGAGUUGGACUCCCUGAUCAAAGCCACCAUCGCCGGUGGAGGUGUCAUCCCCCACAUCCACAAGUCCCUGAUUGGAAAGAAGGGGCAGCAGAAGACGGCGUAAGGGAGCGCGGUGCCGGAUCCCCCGUCAUCGUACCGACCUGGGCACAGCAACACCUUGGGGAUGCCAGGAAACUUUUUUUAAGGAAUAGUUGAAAGGAAGAACAUAGAGGAUUGACUGUAGAGGAAACAUUGGGAUGGGUUUAGAUUCCGAGUGGGACACACCGUGGGCCUGUGGGGUGGCAGCCGGGGGGGUUUGAGGGGCUGGGCUGCCCUGCGUUUUAUACAAAAAUGGAACCCAUAAACCAUUUUUUACAAAAAA